GUUGCCCUACGGGAUCUCUCGUUUAUCAUAAGCAGAUCAGCUAGCGGGCCGUCCACUUGGCCCCGCUGGGUCCCGAUGCUUCUCUUGAUGCUACCGCCGCUGCUACUUCUGCGUUGGCCCUGCGUAUGUACCUACCUACACUCGGCUGCCCUGCAGACCGGCUCAUUAUGCUGGCAGCCAUGGCAGCCAGAGCCCUGCGAAAGGCUUACACACUCGAUGGACGAUUGAGCGCAGGACGAUAUGUUAAAUCCUGCCCAAUCUAUGUUAGUCAGGGCUACAUAGCUUCCUGGCUACCCGAUCAUACACGGAUUGAAGGCGAAUUUAAUUGCCUUUGUCUACCCGCUUAUGGAUACCGAACAACAGAUCGACACAGCACUACUACCAUCCACAAGCAAUUCUUAUUCUCCGAAAUGGCAUUUUACAGUCGCAACCACAGCCAACUGUCUGCGGAUCAGCUUCGCCACUCUGACUCUGACUCCGACUCCCGCUACCACCACGGAUGGGCUGGCUCGUCCUCCUCAAGCUACUACAACGAGCCAACGACAUCUGAUCCUCGCUACCAUGCCUUUGGUAGCUACUAUGCCAGCAAGUCAGCCUCAAACUGCAACCACCCCUACAGAUCUGGGGACUACAAUGAGUCUCAGCAAUCAGAGGGCCAUCACCACAUGUGGCAGUCUCAGGAACACAGUGGCGCACCACCAUCUUCUUCUUCAGUGGCCACUUCAAGCCCUCCCAACUUGCAAGAUGACUCCUACGGCUGGAUGAACUCGGCCGAUGGCAGUGAGCCAAAUCUAUGCCACUGCGGCAAGACAUUCCGACGUCCCUCUGACCUCGCAAAACACCAAAAGUACCACAUGAAAUACUUCUCAUGUCUCGCCUCAGGAUGCGACAAGUCUUUUGCCACUCAGAAAGAUCUGAUCAGGCACACGCGCACACAUCGCAAAGGCGAGGGCUACCAAUGCAAGGUAGAAGGAUGCCGCAAGGCCAUGUCAGGCCAUGUGUACUCACGGAAAGACAACUUCGAUCGGCAUAUGCGGACGGCACAUCCAGACCAUCCGCAAAUUUGAGAGGCAUACAGAGACUCUCUAUUCUUUUCCGACAGACGCACUAUGAUGGUGUUAUAAAUAUAGAAGCUAAUCUGAGAGCUUAAAACAGUAUAGGCGUAUUUUAUUUGAGAGCACGGGUAUUUGUUUGAGUAUAACGGGCGAUAUUGUAUGAACUAAGGGACUUAUAUAGAGAAAAUACGAAUGGGAAACAAGGAAAGGGUUAUCAAACUCGUGUGUUUUAUUAAAAUACUGUUCAUUUAAUUACAGCCCCUUUUGCUCAUUGUGUAAAUGACC